AUGAGACUCAUUGACACAACGACCCUCCAUCUUCAUAAUUUUGUCGGUUCAGACCGUCCCGAUUACGCCAUUCUAUCACACACGUGGGAUAAAGAGGAAGUCAGCCUGCAUGAAUGGAUGGAGGCCCGGAUAGAGGCCAAAAGGGGCUUUACUAAGAUCCAAAACGCGUGCCGUAUCGCUCUUGUAUAUGGUUGUGAUUACAUCUGGAUCGACACUAACUGCAUUGACAAGAAGAGUAGCGCAGAGCUUUCGGAAGCCAUCAAUUCUAUGUUUUCCUGGUAUCAGACUUCCGAAAUUUGCUUUGCAUAUCUGGAGGACUUUCCAGCAGGCACUCCAACGGAACACAUGUCCAAAUGCCGGUGGUUUACUAGAGGGUGGACGCUGCAAGAGCUGCUCGCACCUCGAAACGUGGAGUUCCUCAAUGCGACCUGGGAAGCUUUCGGCACAAAAGCUCUGCUUUGUACAGAGAUUUCCGGUGCUACUGGCAUAGAUACAGCUACGCUUUGCGAGCCGCGAGAGAUCAGCAGUGCAUGCGCUGCUAAGAAGAUGUCGUGGGCGUCUUCACGACAAACAACACGAGCGGAAGACAUAGCCUACUGUCUCCUAGGACUCUUCAACAUCAACAUGCCUCUCUUGUACGGAGAAGGCAAUGAUGCAUUUCGUAGGCUCCAGGAGGAAAUUAUCAAAGUGUCAACGGACCAAAGCCUUUUCGCAUGGGAGUGGCCCUCGACGGUGCCAAGAGAUUACUUUCGAGGGACACAUUCUGUUACAACACUAGCUCCUUUCCCUUCGGCGUUCAAAAUUUGCCACGACGUGGUGGCAGAACUACAAGGAGUUCACCCGCGCCACAGAGAAUUCGCCAUGACGAAUUUCGGGCUCAACAUUGCUCUUCGCCUACUUUUCGGGGAACAUGGUGCGUGUUUCGGGGCACUGGCCUGCAGAUAUGGGAGCCUCGGUGAUUCUCUGAUUUGCAUUCCACUUUCUACCUCGGACUCAUCAAGCUUCUACCGAGACCACACGCGAGACAUCAUGACAAUCCCGCGUCGAUACUUACCCAAACAGCCAACCUCGAUUUCCCUCCCGCGAAUUUCAGAAUCUCGAGAUCAAUCAGUCUCUUCUGGCUUCUUGAGACCUAGCUUUGGAAGGGUCUCGACUCUGCUUUUUACGUUGGGUGAGGCGCGGAAAACCUGGGAGGUCCGUACGCUUUGGAGGCACAGGCGAGGCACCCAGGCAACUCCUCUCCUGAGAAAAGACAUCCCCUACGAUUUACGGGCUAUUUCUAUAAUAGUGAGGAACAGGGAGAGCAAUUUGCAGUGGAUAUUUAUCGUUAUAUGGGCUGCGGAAGUAGAUUGGCGGCAUGCAUGCUCAGAAGCCUACGUUGGAGAUUCUGAUGAUGAUGGCUAUGACGAAGGAGACGUGGCCAUGCGGCGCAUUGCGAGUAGGACGUCUCUGACCGGAUCAUCGAAGACUUACUGCGGUAACUUAUUACUCGAGGUCGGGCAUUUUGUAACGAGCAGUGACGGAGGGCGUUGGCUACCUCUAUUCCUGAGCCGUCUCAAGGGCAUCAGGGACACACCACCUCAUUCCGAACAGCCAGCUUGA